AUGGAUGCUGUUAAAAGUUUUUCUUUACUGACAAACAACAAGAUUAACUGGUGGUCAGACGAUAUGAUGGCAAUAUGGGUGCCUAUUGCUGUUUAUUGGAUUGAAUGUACCAUCUUUGAAAUCAUCAGAAGAGCCGAAAUCCCCUUUCUUGAGAAAUAUCGUCUUCAUACACCCGAAGAACAAAAGAGACAAAAUAAGGUUGGCUUUGGAAAGGUCCUUGUCAUGGUUGCCCUGCAACAUGUGGUGCAAAUGGUUCUUGGUAUUGCUUUGAUGAAGCAGCAAUCCCCCUUAGCUGACAAAUUAAAAUAUGAAGCAGCUAUCUCUCGCUAUACCGCAAUUGCUUUAAAUGUUUUUACAAAUCUCGGACAAAGUAAGGAAAAAGCUAUGUUGUAUGCUACCAAUGCUGCUAUCAUUGCUCAAGAUUACCUUCGCCCUACUUUACAAUUCGUAAUUGCUAUGCUUAUUGUUGAUACUCACCAAUAUGUCCUUCACCGAUUGGCUCACACCUACACUUUCCUUUACAAACACAUGCAUUCUCAUCACCAUCGUCUUUAUGUUCCUUAUGCUUUUGGUGCUCUUUACAAUCAUCCUUUGGAAGGCUUUUUGUUAGAUACCUGUGGUGCUGCAAUUGCCUUUGAAGUGACCGGUAUGUCUCCUCGCCUCGGUUUGAUCUUUUUCACUUUCUCCACUAUGAAAACAAUCAACGAUCAUUGUGGUUACAAUUUCCCUUGGGAUCCUUUGAAUUUGUUAUUUAACAAUAAUGCCAUUUAG